AUGGCAAUAAAUCUCAACAAUACAACAGCUAUCGACUCAUUCAUUGCCGGAUUUAAUGGCACAACUCAAUUUAAUGGUGCUUCAUGGAAAACGUCAUAUCCACCUAUUAUUGGAUCAGGUCCGGUGGAAUCUCACGAUCUACCUUUUUUUGAAUAUGGUAACUUAGACCGUAAGGCUUUAGCAAUCAAAAAAAACUUUGAAUUGCCCUAUUUCAAAGAACAAGAAGAGCUAUCUACAAACCAAAAUUGGUCAAAGAGACUUGACGCCGCAAAGUUUUCUAUAUCAUGUUGGGUUAAUAUUUCAAGGCUCGAUUUCAUCGAAUAUAAAAAAUUCAAAAGCACCGAUAAGGCUCCUAAGGAUCUACAUUGGCCAGAAGUGAAAGUGGCAAUAAAAAACACUGCCAAUGUUAUGACCGACGAGCUAGCAAAUACUGCUUUUCGACGAGGUUGA